ACCUAUAAAUAGGGGGACAAAAAACUGAACAAGGCUGUUAAAGAAAUAUUGCUAAUACAAGACUUCUACCGUUAUGGGGAGCAACAACAUGGACGAGAACUUUUUUCUUGACAUUCCAGAUGCCGCGCUAGAAGCUUUAAAUUUUGAACAAGAUGGAAGUCAAAACCACCCAAUAGGUUUUCCUGAAAUUACAGACGAAGACUUAUCAAGCGUUAUUCCUCAAGAAGAAAUGUUGAAGGGAAGAGCGCUUAAAGGGGCCAAGAAAUUUCCCUCUGAGGCAGCUGCAGUUGGAAGCAAGGCCACCAGUUAGAACAAAUAAAGCGGGCUUCUAGCGGUGAAGAAAAUAUCAGAACCACAACCACUCGCCAAUUGGAUUCAGAAAUGAAAGACAUUCUUCAAAGAACCGGUUUAUCCGACUACGAAAAGGCUAAACUCUACGAGGCGGUCCUGCAAAGAUACCUGGUAUUGGCCAAGCGUGGUGAAAUGGAAAAGACUAAAAUAAACCUUUUUUUUCCCCUGAGCAAGAGCAAGAGCAAGAGGAGCUUCAACCUCCUAACGUUCAGGGGGAUGUAUCGGACUUUGUUAUUCAGGAGGUGUUGGAGGGGGUAAAUCCUCGCUAUAAAAAAAAAGCUGAAAUAUUGUUAAAUAAGCUUAAACAGCGUAAAGAUGUGUCUUCUUGGGCUGAUAACGGCCGUUUUGUGUACCGGGGGAAGGCGAUUGAGGGGUCUCACAUGCUUGAUUUAGUCAGAGGGGUAACCGGCUCUUAUUCUUUCGCUAACAAGAGGACUCCUAAAGGGUGGCAUGUUUUUAUGAAAGCCUUGGCAGAGCUAAACGUGCCUACGACCGUCGUAGGGCAUGUUACCAAUAAACAAUUUUUAGAGCGUCUAAAAAUAGGGCUAAAGCCGGUCAAGGCCACAAGUAACGCCGCCCCUUUUAAAAGCGUCCCUGUUAAAAAACGAAAAAUCGACUGGUUAACAAUGUAAAAUAAAAGACGUAAACAAAAUUAAAAAUUGUGUUUUAUUGAUGCACCUCUUUAAACACACGACAAGAUAAACACGUUUGAACAUGUUGAAACAUGCUUAAAACAGGUCUGGGCAUGCCGGGUCUUUUUCCUUUUACAAAUCGCACCACCAAGCGGUCAUUUUCUGGUAAAUCAUCGGAGUACAAUUUUAAAAUACAAUCAAAAGAUAAACCCUUAUUAC